AUGCCAAAAGAUAUAAAUCGGAGGGCAUCAAGAGCUAUUGGGGAUUUUUUUAUUGUCAUUGCUAUUAUUUGGAUUGUUUUUGUUGCCUUCAAGGCCUUGUUCCUUGCUUCGCAGCAGACAGCCAGUUUGCUUCGACCAAGUGACGCAGCUUGUCCAGCGGAGCAUCCCUGCAGGCCCUCUCGGCCAGCGGAGCACCCCUGCAGGCCAUUCUCGGCCAGCGGAGCACCCCUGCAGGCCCUCUCGGCCAGCGGAGCACCCCUGCACCGGCCCUCUCGGCCAGCGGAGCACUCCUGCAGGCCAUUCUCGGCCAGCGGAGCACCCCUGCAGGCCAUUCUCGGCCAGCGGAGCACCCCUGCACCGGCCCUCUCGGCCAGCGGAGCGCCUUUAGGCGCCAACUUUAACUCUCUGCCAGCGUCAGCAAUUUGUUUUUGUGAAAACAUUAAUCUUCUCUAA